AUUAAUCUACCCCAAUUUUGUUUUAAUUUAAUUUAAUUGUAUUUUUUAUUGAUUUGUCUUAUCAAAUUGAUAUAAAAAACUCAUCAUCUAGAUACUGACUGGCAGUUGUCUCUUCAAAUUCAAUAUGAAACAAUUGGUCAUUUGUUUUAUUUUUUCAACGGUCCUUUUAGGAUUCGCACAAACUCAAAGUAUUCACGAUGAAGCGUGCAACAAAAUUAAAAAACAAGGUGUAGCGUCAUGUUUUGACCGAAGCACUUUGGGCUUUUGCAUGCUGGUUGCAGAUGAAUGGCGAGCAAUUGAAGCAGCUACUUGUGAAUCAAGAUUGUGUUGCAAUGCCAAAUUAAUGGGAUGCACCAUGGAUGCUGACUGCACCGAUGAAUUGACAACAGCUCCAACAACAAGUACAGAGAAACCCUCUGUUGAUUGUGUAAUUGGGCAAUUAAGGAAACACGAAAGUGAUUGCAAAAAGUUUUAUUAUUGUUCGAACAAGAUUUGGGUAGAAAGUGUAUGUUCGGCUGGUGUUUUUGAUGAGAAUCGAAUGUCGUGUGCCUUUGGAAGUUGUAAUAACUAGUAAAU